CCGGAAUCCUCCUCAGGAUCCACUAAGACCAGCCAAGUUAGCGAAGCCAACAGUCCUCCACUACCCUCCUCGGCAUCCCUCCCACCACGCCCUUCGGUAACCUUGGUUACAGUCACGCCCUCCUCCGGAGCUGCCCAAUCAUAAAGGUCUGGUGUCACCGGACAGGGUUGGCCUAGCUUGAAUCUCACCUAGGUCAUUGGCUUUAAGCAUCUGAACGGAAACGGAAGCGGACUCAUUUCUUUUAAAGAUGGGUUUCCCCAAGUGCAGAAAGCGUGAGUGGGGAAAUCGCGGCCGGGUCUUCCGGGGGCGGGGACUCACCUGCCAGAGCAGGAGCGGUGAACCAGCCGGCUUCCAGCUGCAGGGCAGACCGAGCGCCCAGGUCCCCAGGUCCCCUGGCUGUCAUGGUGCAGCUGAGAUUCUAGGCGACCCCCAGGCGAGGCGCCGACCCACCACGGCGGCACCGGGUGCAUGCCAGUUGUCCGACUAGGAUGCAGCCCAUACCUGCGAGGAGCCUCAACCACAGCGCGACCCGAGGACGCAGCGCCAGCAGCUGGUCAUUUUUCUCUGUAGAGAGCCAGAAGAGAAAACAAUCAAAGAAGAGACAGUGCCAAAAUCUCGGUUUGGUUUGUUUUCUUGGCUUUCGUAAGCUAAUUUGUUUAUGAAAAUGCCCAGCGUGUGUAAUCUGAAUAACUGGAGGCGAUGGAUCCGACCCCUGGUCAUACUUUCUUAUGUAGUUAGCAUGCUGAUCUUUGUUACCUUGUGUGUUUGGAAGUUUGACCAAAAAGAAAAAGGUGGCGUUCGCUGCGACGCUCGCCGGCUAUAUACAUGGCUUUGAGAGGAGUCUCCGCGCGGCUACUGAGCCGCAGGCCCGGCCUGCACUUCCCAUGUGUCCCGCGUACGUGGAGCUCGGCGGCGGCACACACCGAGAAGACACAGAGUCGAUCGGCCAAAUCCUCUCGUCCUGGGUUUGACUGGAGGGACCCACUGGUGCUGGAGGAGCAGCUGACCGCCGAUGAGAAACUCAUCAGGGAUACCUUCCGCAACUACUGCCAGGAGAGGCUUAUGCCUCGAAUUCUGCUGGCCAAUCGAAAUGAAGUUUUUCACCGGGACAUCGUGCAUGAGAUGGGGGAGCUGGGCGUGCUGGGACCCACCAUCAAAGGGUAUGGCUGUGCUGGAGUGUCAUCAGUGGCCUAUGGUCUCCUGACCCGAGAGCUGGAGAGGGUGGACAGCGGCUACAGGUCAAUGAUGAGUGUUCAGUCCUCCCUCGUCAUGCACCCUAUCUACACCUAUGGGAGCGAGCAGCAGCGACAGAAGUAUCUGCCCCGGCUGGCCAAGGGUGAACUUCUGGGCUGCUUUGGGCUUACAGAGCCCAACCAUGGGAGUGACCCAGGUGGCAUGGAGACCAGAGCUUGCCACAAUCCAUCAAACCAGAGCUACACUCUCAAUGGGACCAAGACCUGGAUCACCAACUCGCCCGUGGCUGACCUGUUUGUAGUGUGGGCUCGGUGUGAGGAUAACUGUAUACGGGGCUUUCUGCUGGAGAAAGGAAUGCGGGGCCUCUCAGCCCCUAGGAUUGAGGGAAAGUUCUCCUUGCGGGCCUCAUCUACUGGUAUGAUCAUCAUGGACAAUGUGGAGGUGCCCGAGGAGAAUGUGCUCCCUAAUGUGUCCAGCCUGGCGGGUCCUUUUGGCUGCCUUAACACUGCCCGAUAUGGCAUCACAUGGGGUGUGUUGGGAGCUGCUGAGUUCUGUUUGCACACAGCCCGGCAAUACGCCCUGGACAGGAUCCAGUUUGGCGUCCCCUUGGCCAGGAACCAGCUGGUUCAGAAGAAACUGGCGGACAUGCUCACCGAGAUCACACUGGGCCUCCAUGCGUGUUUGCAGCUUGGCCGUUUAAAGGAUCAGGACAAGGCUACCCCAGAAAUGGUCUCCCUGCUGAAGAGAAACAACUGUGGGAAAGCCCUGGACAUUGCCCGCCAGGCACGAGACAUCCUAGGAGGAAAUGGGAUUUCUGAUGAGUACCAUGUGAUCCGGCAUGCUAUGAAUCUGGAGGCAGUGAACACUUACGAAGGUACACACGACAUUCACGCUCUGAUCCUCGGGAGAGCAAUUACUGGGAUUCAGGCAUUCACAGUUGGCAAAUGAACCCACUUCAGCAGAGGGCCCUUCAACAGAGAAAUUGCUUGGCUAGAUCCUGGCAGCACUGUGCAUUGCUCCAAGUCUGCUCAAGAAGUGGUGGACGGACCCAGUUUUUAUGGUGGAAAGUGAGACACUGAUGUGAGACUAUGGAAAUUUCUUUCUGGAAGAUGUUCAGAUAUGCUCUAUACAAAAAAGAUGCAAUUCUCUGUAGGCCCUCGGCCCUUUUAAAAUGAGAUCAGACUCCCAUCUAGUUUUAAGCUUCUUCUGAGGAGGAGCGAGAUACAACAGGGAGAGACACAGAAGCCAGUGAAUGAAGUGGAGCAGACUUUGUGAGAAGGUGCUCUGGAGUUUACAGUGUGCCUUCCUUCCUGCCUCCAUCCCAGGGGCAGUACCUUCUGUGUUCAACACUGAGCAGAUAAAAGAGGACAAUAAAGAGCCUGUGCCUCA